CUACUUUGUCCUUUCUCUGCAUUAAAUCAGGCAUCAAUAUUUCAAAGAAAGAUUAACAAUGACAAGAAAAAAGAAACACCUGUACAAGCUAUAGCUAAAAUGAAACCCAAAAAAGAUUAUUCUUAUGACAAAGAAGUUGCAGAAAAAGAAGUCAAUGUUGCCUACUCACGUAUUAUGCUUCUUGGAUCAGCUGGAGUUGGGAAAACAUGUUUUACUCGAUCGCUCAUGAAAGAGAAGUAUCAAUCUGAUACUGAUAGUACCAUUAUUUCUGAUGUUAAAUCAGUUCGACCAAUUGAUACACCACCAGCUGAACAACAGGAUGAUGCCAUCACAACAAUUAAAUCUCCAUCAGAUAAGCCUUUAAGUAGGACUAAAGAGUUUAUCACUCCUGAUGACAAAGAGGAGCCUCGUUACAAGUCAUCUCAUAAUCGUUCUGUUCGGUUCAAAAGCCACAUGCUUAGUGAAAAUAAAAAAUGGAAGCAAGUUGAUGAAAAUGAUGAAAUUGAUGAACUUGCUUACUUAAUCACUGCAGUUUAUGAUAAAGAUUCUGGUUCUGAAGAUCUUCGUACUGCAGUUGCUGCUUUGCUGUUGUAUAAAAUUGAGUCACCAUUUUGCCCUUCAGAUUUUUCUAAUCAAAAAAUUCACAGAGAAGAAGUUGAUUCAUUUCUUGAAAAAGCAAUAAAACGUGCUCAAAUGAUUGGGCCCGUGCCAAUACAAGAUAUAAAGCCUCAGCCGUUCAUGCACAUUUGGGAUUGUGGAGGGCAGGCAGUGUUUUUGGAGAUUCUUCCUGCUUUCCUCUCAUCACGUACAAUGUUUUUUCUUUUAUUCAAUGGAGCUAAGAGUCUCGAUGAGAAAUGGAAAAAUAUUCGAAGUAAAAAAGGAAAUAUGGUGUGCGAUGAAGUAGAAAGUAUUUCGACUAAAAAUCUGCUUUUUAAUUGGAUGGCAAAUAUUCAUCAUCACUUGGCCCGAAUAGAUGAAAAAGGAGCUUUUCUCAGUUAUCCUCGCAUUUAUUGUAUUGGUACACAUGGUGACCUCAUAAAUCAUGAUGAGCAGAUAGCUGCUAUAGAAAAGAUGAAGAGCACUUACAAAAAUAAAGCAUUUUCUUACCUGAUAAAAAAGGUGCUAAUUGUUGAUAAUACAACUGCUGGCAGCGAUAAAGAAGAUCCAAAUUUUUCAGUUAUUCGGGAAGAAGUUAGCGAUUUUACCUGCAACAAGCUAAUUGUCAAGACACCAGUCAGCUGGGUGCUGUUUCGUAAAGUUAUUAAAUUGCUUGGUACAAAGGUUAUCGGUUUGAAGGAGGCUCAUAAAAUUGGUUUAGCUUGUAAGAUCCCCCACAAUGAUGUUCCUAAAGUUCUCCUUUUCUAUCAUGAUCUUGGAGUUCUCCUUUACUAUCCGUUUAUCAAGGGUCUUCAAGAUAGAGUUAUCAUAAGCCCCCAGUGGUUUGUUGAUACUCUUGGAGAAGUCUUUACACUUGAAGGCAGAGAAAACCAAGAUGCAACAGAAGCUAUGUGGAAUUUAUUACGUGAGAAAGGUAUUCUUGUUCAACCUUUGUAUCAAGAGGUUUGGAAAGAUUGUAAAGAAAUUGAGGCUGAUGACUUGAUGGAGCUAUUGGUUCAUUUUUGUCUUGCUGCUGAAGUUGAAACAGAUCAAUUCUUUGCACGUAAUGCUAAGCAAUAUUUUCUACCUGCUGUGCUAAAGUCAUAUGAUACUUCAUAUCUACAAUCAUCAUGCGAUGAUGAACCAGUUGCCCGAGCAACUAACAUUUAUAUCACUUUUAGCACCGAUUUUGUUCCUCCUGGCUUCUUCACUCGUUUUAUUGCAUCAUUUGCCAAGGUCUCGUCAUGCAAAAUUUGCUUUGAAGAAGGUGUUUUUCGAAAUCGUAUUGUUUUUAAGUUUGGAACUCCAAGUGUCAACCAGGUUACUUUCACUGAUCUUUGUACUACAAUACGAGUUAGUGUUGAGCGUUACAGUGAUGCACCAAAUAUAACACCAUUCAGUAAUACUUGCCAAGAGUUGAAGAGCUUAUUAGAGAAAUGUGGCAAUGAAGUAGAUAUUGCCCUAGGAAAUCAUUCUGAUUUUUCAAAAAGCAUAGAGAUAUCAAGAAAACUGAACUAUGAGUGCACUGCAUGUGAUAAAUAUGAGCUUCACUACAUUUCUCCUGCUUCAGGUCAGACGGCUAACUUGCCUUUUUGUUGUCAAAAAAGGAAAAAUUAUCGACAACCGACUCCUGAAGAAUCUUAUUGGUUUCCCAAAGAAGAGCAGACAGCUGAAAAUGUACCUGUCACUAUUAGUGAAAAGGAAAUGGCAGUAAUAUCGAAGAGAGUAGGUGACAAAGCUGAUACUCUUGCUGCAUGCAUGGAAAUGCUUCUAAAGUUUAAGGCUCUCCAGCAAAAUCCAGCUCAUAGUAAUAAUCCAAUGCUUCAUUUGCUUUAUGAGUGGAAGAGUGGGGGUGGAUAUAGAGAAGACUUGAUUGAAGCUCUUAAAAGUGCUGAUCUUCAUCAGCUAGCUGAUCAAGUUAAAGUCUCAGACUACAGACCUGCCAGUGGUAGACUUUCUGUUGUUAACAUUCGCCAACCAACAAAUGAACACUGUUCAGAUUUUGACCCUUCUCAAAACGUUAAAGACAUUGAAGCCAAAAAUAGUAUUUCAAACAUUGAAAUCACUGAAGCAGGAGUUAAAGCUACACGAGGUUCUGGUCAACUUAAUAAUUCAUAUACUGACCAACAGCAUCAAGAGCAGCAAAAGUUUUCUGAAGCAUUCUGGGAUAUAGAAGAUGACGACUUGUUGCGUUCAUCUAAUUUUUUUGAUGUUAAAGAUAUCAAAAAACUUGUCGAAAUUUGUGAUGAUGAUUCAGGGUAUCUUCAGUCAGUAAUGGAUAAAUACCAACAUAGUGAUGCACAAACCAUUGCAAUUCAAGUUCUUCGUGCUUUGGUAAGAAAAAAUCCUAGCAUUACUAAGAAAGAUCUGAAAAAGAAACUCCAUUUAAUGAAAUUUGAAGAAGCUGCUAAUAAUCUGUCGGAGCCUUUUGAAGCUACUAAGCCUGCUCCUCAGGCUAGUCAGCCUGCUCAGUCUAACACAAAAUGCUUUGUAUUAUAAAGCACCUUUAGUAUGGACUUAAACUUAUAAUUUUUUACUAUUAAUGUUUUAUGUACUUUUUGGAAAAAAUGUAGUCUUUUAAAAUAGCA